AUGGCUGAUCGCACCCGAACACGACUGUUAAAUGCCUUGAAGUCCGCCGGUCCGCAGACGGCUGCGGACCUGGCCCAGGACCUCAGCGUCACGUCCGUCGCCGUGAGGCAGCAUCUUGAUGGAUUGCACCAGGACGGCCUGGUGGAUUUUGAGGACGUGAAGGGGUCAGUCGGCCGCCCCAAAAGGGUCUGGGAUCUGACAUCCGCAGGACAUCAGCAAUUCCCGGACAGUCACUCGACGUUGAUUGUGGGUCUUUUGAGCGGCCUUAGCGAUCUCUACGGAGAUGACGGCCUGGAAAAGCUCAUCACGCAUCGCGAAGAGAAAACCCGACAGUCCUAUACAGAGGCCCUGAGCGAUCUGGCCGAUCUGCCCGAGAGGGUCGAGGUGCUUGCGGAUUUGCGCAGCCGCGAAGGGAUGUUCUGGGACCAGAUGUCGCCGUUGAGCGUGUCGAACAUCUUUUGUCCGGAGACCGGCGUUGCAUGUACAGGCGUGGCGAUUGCCAGACCGAUGUUGGCCGGGUUGAUUAACAGGUAUUUCCGGCCCUUCGAAAAACACCUGAAACCUCUUGACCUGCCGGUGAAUCCUCUGCCCGACCAGGGGCCACUUCGGCUCGUUUGGCAUUUUGCCAAGAUGUUCCGCCGGCAACUCGUGAUCGUGUCGGUGCUGGCGAUGAUUUCCGCCGCGCUUGGGCUCGCCGGCAUCUGGGCGAUAGCCUACGUGGUCGAUGGCGUUACCGCGGGAGGAGCAGCGGUGUUUCUGCGCGGCCAUGGCUGGGUGCUCGCAGGCUUUUUCGUUCUCUUUGUGAUCGUGGACCCCCUGGCGUUUCUUUUGCGCCAGACAUUUGCAUUUCAAACCGUGCGCAUUCUGUUGCCGGCAGCGAUGCGCUGGCAGGCGCACAAGGCCGUCGAGGCCCAGGAUCUUGCCUUUUUUGAAGACACGUUUGCCGGGCAGGUGGCCUCGCGUAUUGCCCAGGUGACAAUGUCGGUUCACCGGCAGAUGAUGCUUGCGAUCGAGACGAUCCCUUAUCUUGUCAUCCAGUUCGGCGGUUCGUUCCUGUUGCUGUUGGCAUUGUCAUGGCCAUUGGCGAUACCCGUUCUGGUCUGGAUAGCGGCCAAUUCACUUGUCGCCUGGCUGGCAAUCCCGACCUAUAUGCAACGAUCUGCCAAGGUGGCCGCUGCCAACUCGCGCGCAACCGGCGCCAUGACGGACGUCUAUUCCAAUAUCGCGAUGGUAAAGCUUUUCGCGGCCGAAGACUCCGAGGCGGGAGCGAUCCGCAAGGUCAUUGGCGAAACGAUCGAUACCAGGCAUAGCGAAAACCGGUCCUAUAUCCUGACCGACAGCUGUGUCUAUUUCCUCAACGUGCUGAUGAUCCUGGCGGUCGUGGCCAUCGGCUUCUGGGGCAUGACCGGCGGGUGGGUGUCGAUUGGCGAUUUCGUUGCAGGACUGACGGUCACCAGAUCCCUGUCGGCAGCUUCUUCGAGAUUCAUCGGCGUCGGCCAGUCCAUCACCAGCACGCUGGGAACCAUCAAGGAUGCGAUGCCCAUCAUGACCAGCCGGCCGGAGAUCACCGAUCGGUCGGGUGCCUCGGCGCUGGACGUGACAAAGGGGCGGAUCAGCUUCGAGGAUGUUUCCUUUGCCUAUCACAAGGACCGAAAGCCGAUUCUUGAGGCUUUCAAUCUGACCAUUGAACCAGGGGAACGUGUCGGACUGGUGGGACUGUCGGGGGCAGGCAAGUCGACGGUCAUUUCCCUGCUCAUGCGUUUGCGGGAUGUAACGAGCGGCAGUAUCUCGAUUGACGAACAGGACAUACGGAGCGUGACCCAGGCCUCGCUGCGCAGUCAGAUCGGCGUCGUCACACAGGACAUCUCGCUGCUCAACAGGUCGAUCCGGGACAACAUCCGUUAUGGCAAGCCGGAUGCGGGUGAUGACGAAAUCCGGGCGGUCGCAAAGGCUUCGGAGGCGCUGGAGUUCAUUGAUGAGCAAAAAGACAGCAAGGGUCGAACAGGGCUCGAUGCACAUGUCGGCGACAGGGGCGUCAAGCUUUCCGGCGGUCAGCGUCAGCGCAUCACGAUCGCCAGGGUAUUGUUGAAAAAUGCACCGAUCCUGAUUCUGGACGAGGCAACGUCUGCACUAGACAGCGAGGCAGAGCUUGCCAUUCAGCAAAAUCUUGCCCGGAUGAUGGAGGGGCGGACCACCCUGGCCGUCGCGCACCGCCUGUCGACAAUCGCUGCGAUGGAUCGUCUUGUGGUCAUGGACAAAGGCAGGGUUGUCGAGGAAGGAAAUCAUCGUGAUCUCCUGGCUCUCGGUGGACUUUAUGCAGUGCUUUGGGAACGGCAAUCCGGCGGUUUUCUGGCGCUCAAUGCGGCUGAGUAA